UAAGUCAUUCUUAGUACCUCCGGGAUAAUGCGAGUAUUGGUCACGUGCUUUGUACCUGCAUUGUGUGAUGAGUUGCAGUAAAGCUACAUUUCCAGACCUUUCACAACUCUACCGUUCAAGUUUGGUAAAAGGUGCGGUUGUUGCCGUAAUAGGAGGCUACAUUAUCAAAAGAUGGAAACAAAAACGCCAGUUAGCACCAACAACAGAAGAAAGAAAAUCAACAGCCACUGCAGCCGUCAACAGAGAGUUCAUCAAUCAACUAAUCAAACUACUACGAGUCGCCAUUCCCGGCGUUUUCUCUAAAGAAUUUGGUCUUCUCACUGUCCACAGUCUCACCCUCAUCGUGAGAACUUUCCUCUCCAUUUAUGUAGCUCGUCUCGAUGGACGCAUUGUGAAGAGUAUUGUGGCCAGAGACAUUAGAGGCUUUCUCAACUUCAUGAUGAAGUGGAUAGCAAUUGCUGUUCCAGCAACGUUUAUUAAUAGUCUUAUUCGAUAUCUUGAAAACAAACUUGCUCUCUCGUUGAGAAGUCGACUGGUUCAAUAUGCUUAUAGAUUGUAUUUUAACAACCAGACCUAUUAUCGUGUCAGCAAUCUGGACUCUCGCCUGUCCAACCCUGAUCAGUGUCUGACCGAAGAUCUGCAAGCGUUUGCUUCCUCGGUUGCUCAUCUGUACUCAAAUGUUAGCAAACCGUUGCUUGAUGUUGUCCUCAUGUCGGCUGCACUGUUUCGUGUGUUUGCCAAACGAACAAAGGGUGAUCAGCGCUCAUUCUGGCCUUUUGUUAUUGCUUCAACGACUGUCGUUUUAACGGGUAGUCUAAUGAGAGCUGUGUCACCACAGUUUGGAAAAUUGGUUGCCGAGGAUGCCGAAAGGAAGGGACAUCUUCGUUAUAUGCAUUCUCGACUUGUCACUAAUGCCGAGGAGGUUGCAUUCUAUGGUGGCGGCAAAGUUGAAUUGAGUUUGCUGCAGCAAGCUUAUAAGGCAGUGGCCGACUUCAAGGAGGUUGUCUUCCAGAAACGUUUGUUUUAUGUCAUGUUCGAGCAGUUCCUUAUGAAGUACGUGUGGACAGGUGCUGGCAUGUUUAUGAUAGCCAUACCAAUAAUGACAGGUAGUGAAACUUCUGAUCCGGAUUUAAAGACUGUCAGUGACAGGACGCAGACGUAUACGAUGGCUCGUAAUCUGAUGAGCUCGGGUGCCGAUGCAAUGGAAAGAAUCAUGUCGUCGUACAAAGAGGUUGUUGAAAUGGCCGGUUACACAUCACGAGUUUCCAACAUGUUUGCCAUAUUUGAAGACGUCGGUAGUGGCCACUACAAACGACUUUGCAUUACGCAGCCCGUUCCAGAAAAGUUGCAGACUGUUCCCGAAUUAAAAGAGCAAACAAGCAGUGAAGAGAAGGAGGCUGAUGAAGUCGGCUCUGGUUCCGACUCUUACAGCAUCAUUAGUGAUGAAGAUAAUCAGGAACGGACACCUCGGAGCUCAAAGUCAUCACCUCUAACAAAUGGUGAGGGAAGAGCUGAUAAAGUAUCGAGCUUGACGGGUGCUGCUUCUCGUUCUGCUCAGUCUAAGAAGCAAGUUACUCCAUUCGUAUCUCUGCAACCACAUGGAAUUGUUACCGAAACUGAUGGAGACAUAUCACUUGUUGAUGUGCCAAUAGUGACGCCUAAUGGAGACGUUCUUGUGUCAAGCGUUACGUUGGAUAUGCAUGCAGGAAUGCAUCUGCUUAUUGCAGGUCCGAAUGGGUGUGGAAAGAGUUCUCUGUUUCGGAUAUUAAGUGGCCUUUGGCCAGUCUUUAGUGGACAUCUAUCCAGACCACCAAGAAAACAAAUGUUUUAUAUACCACAAAGGCCUUACAUGUCAAUGGGUACGCUACGUGAUCAAGUCAUUUACCCUGACUCAGUAGAAGAAAUGGAAGCAAAUGGACUUACCGAUGCAAGCUUGGAGCAAAUCUUUCAAGUAGUCUGUCUCCAAAAUAUUGUCACCAGAGAAGGAGGAUGGGAUGCUGUAAAUGAUUGGCCAGAUGUGCUGUCUGGUGGAGAGAAGCAAAGACUUGGAAUGGCACGGAUUUUCUAUCACAAACCUCAAUAUGCAUUGCUAGAUGAAUGUACCAGUGCUGUGAGUUUUGAUGUUGAAGGUGCCAUCUUUCAGGCAGCAAAAGAUAAAGGAAUAACACUUCUUUCGAUCUCUCAUCGUCCUUCCCUAUGGAAACACCACACACAUUUGCUGCAGUUUGAUGGACAAGGAGGCUGGCGUAUGGAAGAGCUAGAUGUCACAAGGCGUCUCACACUGAGAGAUGAAAAGGAGCAACUAGAAGAGAGCCUUCGAGGAUUACCGAGUAUGCAGCGUCGCUUGAGGGAAGUGUGUGCUCUACUUGGUGAAGACUCGGUUGUAAUGAAUCAGCAAUAACAAGAAGAAACAUAAGCGCAAUUUUCUAGAAAAAAUGUUCUUAAUAAUGGUUUUACCAAAUAAGAGUGCUUUAAUUUAAUAGAUGUCAAACUCUAGUCUCCAG